UUUAAGACGACUUAUUAUCCAAACUGUGUUGUUUGUGCGAGAAAAAUGUGGUGUUAAAAUUUUUUAUUUUAAAUAAAAAAAAAAAAAAACGGAAAAAUUACGUUUCUCAAAGAAAAAUAACCGUGUGAUAAAUUCAUCACGGCGUAUUUAGAAAAUAAACCACCGUCGGCGUUAAGUACAACGCCGGCGUCUGUUGCAUCUACGGCAAUUGAGGUUGUUGGUGGACCACCAUCAUCUGGUCAUCAUACUGACCAUCAUCGUACGACCGAAUUGUUACAACAAUCGGCCCGUAUGCAACCCACGGCCACAGCUUCCGUCCCAGCGCCCGGAGAAAUGGAUCUCCAGGCACUACAAUCUAUGGAUUGGUUAUUUAAAAAAGAACGUUUUCAUUUAUUGGCACAAUUUUGGCAACAUGUAAGUGUUGAUGAUAGAGCGACGUUAGCGGAAAAAGAAAAUGCAUCAUUAAAAGAACAAUUAAUAAAUAACGCGAAUAGUGGCGAUCAUAAAGACAUUAACAAUAUGGAUAAGGAAAAUAAUUCACGAUCGAAUUUAGAAGUAGAAGUUGCAACCAAAGAUAAAGAGAUUGUCCAAUUAAUUGAACAAGUACAUCGAUUACAAAGUACAUUACAAUCAAUUAAAGAAACAUCUCGCACACAAAUACAAAGACUUGAAGAACAAUUAGAACAUAAUAGACAACAUAUAAAUAGGCUAGAAUCACGUUUAGAUCAACAACGCGAUUACGAUGAUAUUAAACGUGAAAUCAAUAUAUUACGUUCGGUUGAUUUAUCCGUUGUAAAUCAACAUAAUGAAAAUAAACCACCACCAUCCUUAGAAUUAUUAUUAUUAGAACGACAGAAAGCGGCUGCCGCGGCGGUUGCAGCGGCUGCGGCGGCUGCAGCGGCUAGUGCUGCGAUUGUUAGUGAAACAAAUAAUAACACAACUACAAGUAGUAAUAAUACUACGUCAACGGUAGCGUUAUCACCAAUUUUAACGACUGCAACAACACCCGCUACAACUACAUCGUCAUCGUUAACGUCAUCAACACCUUCAAAUCUUACGUCAUCAUUAUUAAAACCACCUUCCACACCUGAAACACCCGGAGUACAAACACCACAACCAAGUCAGACUCCCGAAAGUCAACACCAUCAGGAACAUCCUAACAAUUUAGUAAUUAACAACAAUAAUAAUACAACAAAUGAAAACAACAACAAUUCAACCAGUAACAAUAAUAAUCAAUCAACAACACCUACCUCUCUCCUACCUCCGCCAUUACAAAAUGUUGAACAAUUUGGUUCAUUUUUGGGUGAAGAAAUUGUUGCAAAUUGGCGGCGUACUUUAGAACGACCAUUACCACCAAUGUUAACAAAUUCACAACAACAAUUAUUAGCUGCAAAUCAUCUUAACACAAAUUGUAACAAUGAAUUACAACAAUUAACGCGACAACCACCAGCGCCCACUCCAUCACCUGCCCCUCAACAAUUAGAUACCCCAAUUAAAGCAUCAACGCCAAUUAUUUGUGCACCACCUGAUUCAGAGAAAAGUACUGCAAGCACUCCAGUCCCUACAGAUUCAAUCUCAUCAGGAGCAAGGGCCUCACCUACAGAAAACAAAAGUGAACCUGAAGAUAAUAACAACCAUCAUUUAAGUAACAAUAAUUUAAGUGCAUUAAAUGCGGCAGCCAUGUGUAAUUUCUUACGUAAUAGUGAAGAUGUGAAUUCGUUAAAAAGUCCAUAUCGUUUUGAGGAACAUCGAACAUUUCGUUUUGCUGAUGAUAUGGGUGCAAUGCCACCAGGUGCAAUGGUCGGACGGUUAGGUGAAAGUUUAAUACCAAAAGGUGAUCCAAUGGAAGCUCGUUUACAAGAAAUGUUACGAUAUAACAUGGAUAAAUAUGCUACACAAAAUUUAGAUACAUUAACAAUUGCUCGACGGGUGCGAGAACUUUUAUCAAUACACAAUAUCGGUCAACGAUUAUUUGCCAAAUAUGUGUUGGGUUUAUCACAAGGCACCGUUUCAGAAUUAUUAUCGAAACCAAAACCAUGGGAUAAACUAACGGAAAAAGGACGUGAUAGUUAUCGAAAAAUGCAUGCAUGGGCCUGUGAUGAGAAUGCAGUCAUGUUACUCAAAUCAUUAAUACCAAAAAAAGUUUGUGUUCCAGGCAAAGAUACUGGAAUGCCAACGUAUGGUGGUCGGGAAUCAUCUGAUAUGAAUGAGGAGCGGAUAGCACAUAUUUUAAAUGAAGCGAGUCAUCUCAUGAAAGUCGAGGAUACGCACAGUAAUGACGAUUCAAAAUCACCAUCUCAUGGUCAAUGUCCAAGUCCUUUCUCAAAGGAAUCAUCACAAAAUCGAAAAUUGAAGAAAUACGAAAAUGAUGAUAUUCCACAAGAGAAGGUGUUACGAAUAUACCAGGAGGAAUUAGCGAAAUUAAUGGGUCGACGUAUGGAAGAUAUGCGUAAUACAAGAGAGCCAUUCACGAAUCUCUUUUUUCCACAUUUGUUUAGUGGUGGUGUCACAAUGGAUCGUAAUCAAGAAGAAAUGCGUAUCGCAAUGGAGGCAUAUCAUCGUGAAUUAGCCAAAUUAAAUCAAUGUCCACCUGGAGCACCUGGAGCUGUACCAAAUUUACCAGGACUACUUGCACUUCAACAACAAGUCUUAGCUCAACAGAAUCAUUUAAAUGGUGCCCAAGAUUUAUCCUUACCCAAAGAAAAAAGUUCAAAAAUUGCCAAUGGUACACCGGAAUUAAUGGAAUCACAACAACAAAAAGAAAUGAUGCAAAAAGAGGAUUCACAGGAUCCUACAAGUCGCCAUAGUGGUAGUGCAUUUAGUUUGGUACGACCAAAAAUUGAACCUGGUGUUGUACAAUCAAAUACAAAUUCAUCAGCACCAAGUCCACUUGGAAAUAGUAUUUUACCACCGGCGAUGACACCGACAGAUGAAUUUUCUGGUGCCGCUGCGGCUAGUCCUUUACAGCGAAUGGCAUCUAUUACAAAUUCAUUAAUUUCACAACCUCCAACGCAAUCACAUCAUAGUCCAUCUCAACGACCACUUAAAGCAGUUCUACCUCCAAUUACCCAACAACAAUUUGAUCUCUUCAAUAAUUUAAAUACCGAAGAUAUUGUAAAGAAAGUUAAAGAACAACUUAGUCAAUAUUCGAUAAGUCAACGUUUAUUCGGUGAAUCCGUACUUGGUUUAUCACAAGGAUCGGUUAGUGAUUUAUUAGCCCGUCCAAAACCAUGGCACAUGUUGACACAAAAAGGACGAGAACCUUUUAUUCGAAUGAAAAUGUUCUUAGAAGAUGAUAAUGCUGUACAUAAAUUAGUAGCAAGUCAAUAUAAAAUCGCCCCAGAAAAAUUAAUGCGAACUGGAGGAUAUGGUGGAAGUCCUUGUACAUCAAUGACCAAACCACCAAUGCCACCACAAGCACCAAAAAUGAUGUCUGAAGCAGCUGGACUUUUAAAUAAAAUCCAGCAAGAGAAUCAUUCAGCAUUAUUACCUCCAUCGUUACAACUAGGACCCCCAACAAGUCAACCAAAUAUGGUACAACCUCCUCCACCACCGAUGAUGUUAACUCCACCGGGUAUACCACCACAUCAUCCAAUCAAUUUACAAAAUCCUGAACAAUUGAAGAAAAGUCAAAGUCCACAUCCGAUUCAACAUUCGCCAAUGGGACAACAACAAAGUUCACAUAUGCGAUCGUUACAUCAACAUAUUUCACCGAGUGUAUACGAAAUGGCAGCUCUUACACAAGAUUUAGACACUCAGACAAUCACAACGAAAAUUAAGGAAGCUUUACUUGCCAACAAUAUUGGCCAAAAGAUUUUUGGUGAAGCUGUUCUUGGUUUAUCUCAGGGUUCAGUGAGUGAAUUAUUGUCAAAACCAAAACCGUGGCAUAUGUUAAGCAUAAAAGGUCGAGAACCAUUCAUCCGAAUGCAGUUAUGGUUAAGUGAUGCUCACAAUAUCGACCGAUUACAAGCAUUAAAGAAUGAACGACGAGAAGCUAAUAAAAGACGAAGAUCAACAGGACCAGGCGCUCAUGAUAAUAGUUCAGAUACAUCAUCAAAUGAUACAUCUGAAUUCUAUCAUUCAAAUUCACCGGGACCAGGGCCAGGCCCACCAUCAGCUAAAAAACAACGUGUACUCUUCUCCGAGGAGCAGAAAGAAGCAUUACGUUUAGCCUUCCAUUUAGAUCCAUAUCCAAAUGUAGCUACCAUAGAAUUUUUAGCAGCCGAAUUAAAUUUAUCAAGUAGAACAAUUACAAAUUGGUUCCACAAUCACCGAAUGCGAUUAAAACAACAAAGUCCGCAUGGUGUACCAAAUGAUAUUCCCGUGCGUGACCAGUCUGGUAAUCAACCACCAUUUGAUCCAGUACAAUUUAGACUGUUAUUAAACCAAAGAUUAUUAGAAUUGCAAAAAGAACGUAUUGGAUUAGGUGCGGUACCCUUACCAUAUCCACCAUAUUUCGCCACUAAUACAAACUUAGCAGCAUUAAUUAGUCGAGGAUUAUUGCCCACCGGUGAUGUUGAUCUAUCGGCGUUAAAUAAUGCUGUCAAAGAAGAAAUGAGUGGAUUAGAUUUAUCAAUGACUUCGUUAAAACGUGAACCAUCUGGUGAAUACGAUGACGAGGACUGUGAAAGUAAUGUCGGCUCAGAAGUAUCAAAUAUUUCUGGCGGUAGUUUACAUGGUGAUGUUAAACCUGAACCAAAAGAAUUGCCAAUACCUCAAGUCGGAAACACACCGAGAUCGUCUCGAAGGAAACCGGCUGCACCACAAUGGGUAAAACCUGACUGGCAAGAAGAACCAAAAGAUAAACCCGCUCAACCACCGCAACCUCAACCAACGGGUAACGAGGUUAUAAUAAAUGGUGUUUGUGUGAUGCAAACUGAGGACUAUGGACGAUUAAAUUCAGAGGAAACAGUUCGUGUUGAACCUACACCUGUUAUGGACCGUUUUGAUGAUCGAAGUGACGCAUCAAGUGUUAGUGACGCUCAAGAAACUGAAAGUAUCCAUGAAAAUGAAAGUCCUAGAAUUACAUCCCAUAAUAAAGAACCUGAAGAUGAUGAGAAUCAUGAUAGAACCGAUUGUCCUCCUCCUACAUCUCUUCCUCCCACACAAAGUGAAUUACCUGAACAGGAUAGCGAACCUGUUACAAUAAAAACAGAAAAUGAGGAUGAAAGAUGGGACUAUUAAUUUAUUUUUCACAAAAACUUUUAUAAAUUUUAAAAAAUUUGUUGCAUAGCAACAUAAAACAAGUGAUAGUGUUCUUGUUAAAUACGUACUAAAAUUUAAGGGACAACCUGUACAUUUAUGAACUUUACACAAAAAUAAUACAAAAA